AUGUUCAAGGCUUUCUACCCCAGGAGGAGGCUGUUGGGUGUGCUUGUGUGCUUUUUGUUUGUUUUCUUCGUCUUUUUACCCGCAACUCAUUCAGCACCUGUUGGGCCCGUCAUCUCCGACUCAAAUAAUAAUGUGGAACCCAUCCGAAGGCAGCAACCGCAUGGUUAUGUGAGGCCAAGAGUGACAAAUGCAAACGGAGAACCCAAUGCCAUCAGAGAGAAUUCCAACGAGGAUUCUCUCAACAAACUUUUGAACUCGCAGCUAAACAAGGCAAUGUUACAAACGCGACCAAGAAACAACGAAGACACGGCCCCGCGUACUUUGGACAAUGAAAAACUCUCGAUAGAGACUAGAGCGAUAAUAAAAUCCGAGAUCUAUGUGGAUCAGAUCUCUGCUCCCACAGUGACCCCAACCCCAACGGCUGUGGUAGAAAAGCCAAAAGAGCAUGCAGCUCGACAGAAGCCUCUUACAGGUAAUGACUUGGUGUCGAAGGGCUCAUCUCUGAAUCUGGUGGCUAGUGAUCUGAAUAUCGCCAGGCCCAUAAAAGACAUUACGCUGGAUUUCAGCGCCGAUGAAUAUCCCGUCCACGCCCAGUUGCUACGGAAAUAUGGCAAGGAUUUUGAGAGUGGGUCGCUGGAUUACAAGUGUGAAAAGUACUUUGACGAACUGUACUCAUUGGACUCUGAUUGGAGCGUUUCUCCUCACAAGCAGAAAUACGACGACGAUCAGCUAGCGCAGAUGGUCCAUCGCACAAAGCACCUGACAACUUACGGUCACUGCUUUCUCAACCAUAGUGACGAAAACAGGAUCCGGUCUUACAGAAAGCUGAUUGAAUCAGGACACCGUGACAUCGAUUUGCGCGUGUUCCCUUACCUGAGCCGGCAAAUGCCUGUCUUUGUUAGAUGGACUGGUGAGCAGGUUCUGGAGCCCCCAAAAAUGACCAGCUACCUGGACGGCGCUUCAAACGACCCGGAUCUCUCGCAACUUAGCAAAUCAAAGCUGCAAGUGACGGACGAAUCAGGACCAACUUUGGCAAACGAAUACCCCUUUUUCCUGCACUACAAGAAUCUGGUCAACGGGAAAGGCGUUGUGAUAUCGUGCUCGGAUAAAUUCUUGAACGACACGCUAGCGCUGAUCCGCAAUUUGCGCGCUCUGGGAACAAAAUUGCCAGUGCAAAUAGUACACCGUGGCGACCUGUCGCUCGACUCUCAAUGGGCACUCGUUCGCGAGGCGAGAAAAACCGACAUAUAUUAUCCUCAAGAACAGUUUAUGCGGCUCAGACAGUUGGGUCACGAGGAUUUCGAUGCAACGUUCCCGAAACUGGAGCUCUGGUUCGUGGAUGUGUCGCGCGCGCUGACUCCUCAGUACGCCUCUGAGUUUCCCAAUUUUUACAACAAGCUUCUGGCGUACCUGUUCAACUCGUUUGACGACGUGGUGCUGCUGGAUUGCGACGUUGUGUUGUUCCGCAAGCCUGAGCAGCUAUUCCUGCUCUCGCAGUACAAGCGCUCGCAAAGCGUAUUUUUCAAGGACAGAAGCCUCAACCUCAAGGUCAACCAUGGGUUCAUUGACUUUCUCAAACGCUUGUUGCCAACGGCCACUGAUAGCUCCUUUUUUGGCAUCAACAGGGCCUCGUACAAGACUCUAGGAACACGCUAUUUUGUUUUGGAGUACGGACAUUACAUGGAGUCCGGUGUGGUAGCCAUCAAGCGGACAAGGUACUGGCAGGGCCUUUUCGUGACGCUCUAUCUGAGUCUCAUAAAGCCAAUUCACGAGAACGUGUGGGGAGACAAGGAGUUGUUCUGGCUUGGCCAAUCUGUGGCGGGCAACGAGGAAUACCUGUUCAAUGACUACUGGUCUGCAGCGAUCGGCACGCUGACAGAUCCCGGAAAAAGGGCGCCGUAUAAAUCCCAGGAGCUUUGUUCAACGCACCCAGGACACAUAUCAUCCGACGACGAUCGACUAUUGUGGAUCAAUUCGGGAAUCCUCACAUGCAGGAAAACUGAGACUUUUGAGAAUGAUUUCGACGUGUACAACGCAACGCUAGGAUUCGAGACCAAACAAGAGCUGCACGAAUAUUACAGGUCUCCUUUAAGGAUUGAGCACGCAAUCGUUCCUCCAGACGCCAUGUACUGGGUGGACAGCUUCGACACGCCACGGGAGCCAAGACAGGGCUACAUCAAGCAGUACAACUGUGCGGCCUACCUAUGGUGUGCCUAUGACAAGAUCGGUGGUUCGGAGUUCCCUGAGCACCAGGGGAAGGUUUUUAGGUUUGAAACGGCAGACACUUUGCUGUUUGACUACGUGGGCAAGGUCUAUUUGGGUGCAGCAUAG